AUAGAAGAGAGUUUUGUAGAGCAGCGGGUGUGUGUACACAGCUGCCGAAGAUCCCUUGGACAUCUUGGUGAUAUUUGACAUCAAGGCUGGACAGGAAGACUGGUAUAGUGACGUGUCGGAAUGUUCAGAUCCUUCAACUCAAGAACGACAUGAAACGACCUUAUCCGGUGGAUUAUCUAGUUUCAUUCGUUCUACCAGUUACUCGACACAAUGGUCAAUUCAGGAUGAUGAUGUGAUUAUAGUAGAAACGACUGGAAAAAAUCCCUCCCAUCAACAGCACAGACGAGGACCUCGUGCCAUGACGGCUGUCAUGGAUGCCGAUGCGGUCCUCAGCUGGCGCCGGAAAGUCUGGAGACUGACGGGAACGACCAUCUCUGCGUUCCUCUGUUUUACCUUUGUCGUCAUUCGGCCUUGGGGCAGUCUGGGUGGACAGUACUCGUACCUGACAUUCACAGCUUUAAACCUCUUCUUCUUCCCCUUGGGUGGAAUCAUAUACCAAGUCGAGCUCACCAUCUUGGGUCUCCUUGGGUGUCUAUUUGGACUCGGUAUAUCAUGUGCUACUCUAGCUGUCUCUGCGUGGUGUGGGACGCACUAUGGACCCGACUCGAACCAAUCGCGAGCCGUCAUAGGGACAGGGCUGGCCUUGCUUUCUCUCAUAUGUGGAUUCCUUCGAAGCUACUCUCCUCGAUUGACUCUAGCUUCGAGAAUCUCUCUAUUCUUCCCCAUCUUCGUCUUGACGGGUAACACGGAUAUCACCAUGAUGCACUCCUCAUACUUUACCGAAGUCUUCUUCGUUCCUCUUUUCGCGGCCAUCUUCGCCUUGAUUCCCACGUUCUUAUUUGCCUUUCGGCCUUCCUCACCUCGAGUCGGUACCCUUCUGAUCGACUCUCUAGAUACCAUCGGUCAACUCUUACCUUUGACCAUCUCUCUCGUGGUUCAUCUCGACAAUGCCAACGGGGAAAUCCAGGAUCAUUUCACAGAUUCAAACAACGACGCCGAAGCUGAGAAGCAGUCUCCGGAACCCAACUCGAAUCGACUCAAGCAAGACUUUCUCGUCCGACGGUUAAGACACGACAUGGAAAGGCUCUCGCCAGUCUACACGAGUUUGACGCAUGAAAUCACCCGUUCUCGUUCUUCACCUCUAGCUCUGAGACCACUCAUUUCGAGUCUUAAACGAAUGACACGAAAUCCGCUCCUCGGACCAGGAAGUCAUGUACCUGGUGAAAGGAUCCAAUCAGCCAUCGAUAAAGCCUACGCUUCCGUUUCCGUCCCUCCUAGUGUCCCACAGACACCUCGUCAAUCCCAUUUCUCAAUCCAUCCGUCAGACAGUAUGCCCAUCCUAGAGCGUGGUAAUGCAGGAACUUUUUCCCCAGUGGACCUGGCUCGAGGAAUGCAAGCGAGCCUGUCCUUACCCCGACACAUGCGAUUCGACCUUUAUCCCGUCAGGGAUCGCACGUCCAUUCGACCUGUCAACACGCAUUCUCGACUCAUGGAGGCUGCGAAGCACCUUGUGGAAACAAUCACCAAGAGCUUGCGGCGAGCGUCUGAGGAGGUUUCCGGUGUCUACGGUUGGAAGCAUGACAAAGGCGAUGGUGAUCAAGCGUCUCUGCAGGAGAUCAAGUCGGAUUUGGAGUUUGCCCUUGCCGCUCUGCAAGUGACGCUCGCGGGUCUCUUAGAUGGCUCAGAGGGCCUACCACUUCAAGGUCACGAGCAAUCCGCGUCGACCUCCGGUUCACCUUCCAGAACGCUCAGUUUUGCAGACUUGCAGCAAGCUCAUCAUCACAAACUACAUGGUCUCCCUGUACCAGAUCGAGAGCUCUUUCAUACCGCUUUUUACAUGACAGCCCUGCUUGAUUGUGCUAACGAUGUCAUUGGGUUCUUAUCCGUGGCGAUCGAGAUCUGUUCUCAUGCGGAAGCCAGGAUGAUCUGGCACUUUCCUAGAUUCAAUCUCGGUUGGCUACCUCAAACCGCGGCGGACACUAGUAAUCGUAUGGCAGAUCAAUCCAUCAAUACUAGCGGCGACUCCAAUGACAAAUCGAUCGAUGCAACUCACGAGCCUGCCUGCCUUGACGGGAUGGACUUCGUCACAUCCGUCUUGCGAGGUGAGAAGCGGAUUCGCAAACAGGAUCAAUCAUUCAAGACGAGAAUCACGCGAGCCUGGCGACGGAUAUGGGAUCAUCCCCAGGUCCUGAAAGGUCGAGUGCGGGCAUCCCGAUUCUUACAUUCGAUCCGGCAUUCACGGCACAUCUUAUUCAGCGUGAAAAUGGCCCUCGGGGUCAGCUUGAUAUCUCUCGCUGGAUUUUUGCCUCCCUCUACGCCGGGUCGGCAGUGGUUUGACACUUACCGCGGAGCAUGGGCAGUUAUCAGCUACACGUAUGUUUUGGAAACGCACACGGGAGCGACGCUUCGGGUGGGGUUGUUACGAUUACUAGGGACUUUUAUCGGCGCAGUGACCGCUUUCAUCCUCGACCUGAUCUGCAGGGAUCGCCCAUGGCCAAUGGUCGUGCUUCUCACUGCCUGCUCCGUACCUCUCUCGUACGGCAUCCUCUUCUCAUCCAUCCCACAACUUCCGACUGUAACCGCGAUCACCCUUCCGCCCCUCGUCUUCAUACACUUUCUUGGCCUCGAUAGAGAUCAAAGCUCUUUCGAACUGGCCUAUACUCGUUUCAUCGACAUCACCAUCGGGAUCAUUGCGGCGAUCCUUAUCGGCAGUUUGAUUUGGCCGAACCAUGCUCGCGUACGAUACUUUUCAGACGUAUCGUUGACCUUGGAUCGCAUCACGGAAUAUUAUCUCUGCAUGUCUCGGGACAAUCUCAGAUCUUCGCUCGUGUAUCACGGGGAUGCCAAGCGUUAUGAUCGACUCGAAGCGGAAGUGAGAAAGCAUAUCUUGAGGAGUCGAUCCUUGGUCAAUAUCCAACGGAAUGAAGUCUCAUUAUUGCCUCGACCAAUCAAGCUGUAUUCGGAGAUUUUGGACUGCUCGGAGCGUUUGAUCGACACGUUGGUCGAAGUGAGAGUGUUGAGAUUCAGUGUACCGCGGAAAGAGACGGUCUUGGAUGUCUUGCCGCUGCGUCGCGAAUUAGUCUCAGCCAUCUUGAUCAAUCUCUGGGCACUUGGUCAAUCAUUCCGAUCACGAAGUCCACUUCCUCAAUUCUUGCCUUCACCUCAUGUCCCCCUCAAGGGCAUCAUGGAAGCUGUAGACGAACAUGCAAAAACGUUCAAACGAUACAAAACGGAAGGAGAUCAAGAAGGUGAAUCACAUUGUGCAAGCCCCGGAGGACAUCGAGAAGAGCUGGCAAUCUUAUACGGGAUGGCGGAAAAUGAUGCUCUGGUAGAGCUCUGUAACCUUCUAGACGAGCUUAUUGCCGCUGCGCAUGCCCUGUUUGGAACUCGGACGUUUUUAGAUAUAGCACAAGAUUCGUGGCAGCCUAGAAAUCAUAGAGAGUCGGCUGGCUCAACUGUGCACGCUCAGGAUUGAGCCUGCGAUUAGGGGUUGUAGAUCAAGGUUGUACGCCGUCAUAUAUGAAUUACCCAAUGGAUC